CACUUAGUGUGGAACAGCGUAUUUUUAACCAAAAAGUGGUUGUUUAGUAUUCCGUGUAUUUUCUCUUAAUAAAACUUAAAAAAUUCAUUUAAUUCAUUGUUAACUCCUUGCUAUAACAUUAUUCAUCAUGUCGAUAAUAAACAACGAUGAUAAUAUAAUGGCUAUUGACGAAGAUCCGCAGGUUAUUAUCAACGAUGAUGAGCCCUCGACAACGCAAAACAUCGCCAACGGCCGAUCUAUGGAUUCGCUGCGCUCCUCAUUUACCAAUCAGAGCUCAACUCCAGAUUCAUCUCAUAAUUCGCUUGACACCCUUGAUGUGGGGCCGGACGACAUACAGGAGAAAUCACGUUUGAUUACGCAGGUUCUGGAGCUACAAAAUACGCUCGAUGAUUUAUCACAGCGCGUGGACUCUGUCAAGGAAGAGAAUCUAAAAUUACGCUCGGAAAAUCAAGUGCUUGGUCAAUAUAUUGAGAAUCUGAUGUCCGCCUCUUCUGUCUUUCAAUCGACCAGCCCGAGUGCAUCAAAAAAGAAGUAGGCGAAGGAUGAGCGCUACCUACCGACACAAAAUAUGCCUUGUCAUUUUUUAUAUACAUUAAUGCUUUUGUUAUUGCUGCAAAGUAAUUGAUGUUCGCUAAUCUGUCGAAUUUGUGCACAAUAUAAUUUUUAUUAUUAGUUAGAACAUACGCUUAUAUAUGCUAUACACAUAUACCAUAUAUAU